GGAUGCCCUCAGCCAUCUCCGCCCCCCACCGCGUGCCGACCCCUCACGCCGCGGCCUCGUGAAAGGGACCUUGAGCGGCCAUUUCCUGCUCCCGCCGCCUCCCGGGCCUGCUCCCGGCCACAGCGAGGCGGCUGCUCCCUACCCGUCGGGGAUCAGGCGAGGAAGCGGGGAGCGGCUCCCGCCCCACCGCUCCGAGGGAAGGCGCCCGGCAGGGCCCAGGCCGUAGCUCGCGGGCCUCACCUUGAAGUAGAUCUCGUCGACCACCUCGUGGAAACGUAAUUUUUAACUUUCAGCAUAGGCAGGAUGGUGGAUGUGAACCUGGCCAAGGAUGAAUGUACAGGAACCAUUAAGUUCACGCCUCCGCUAUACAAGCAACGGUACCAGUUCAUUAAAGAUUUAGUGAACAAAUACAAACCUAAGAAGGUAGCAGAUCUGGGGUGUGCUGAUUGUUCGCUACUCUGGAUGCUGAAAUUCUGCAAGUGUAUUGAAGUGCUAGCUGGUCUAGAUAUCUGUGAGAACGUGAUGAAGGAGAAAAUGCAUAGAUUAUCUCCACUUCCUGGUGAUUAUCUGCAACCUAGUGAAAGGACACUAAUUGUUACCUUGCAUCAUGGCUCAGUCGCUCAGAAGGACCCCUGCAUGCUUGGUUUUGACUUGAUAACAUGCAUUGAAUUAAUAGAGCACCUGGAAGCAACAGAACUGGAAAAGUUUCCAGAAGUGGUAUUUGGUUUUAUGGCUCCAGCCAUGGUUGUUAUCAGCACUCCGAACUCAGAAUUUAACCCUUUACUACCAGGGGUAACACUAUUCAGGCAUCCAGACCACAAAUUUGAAUGGAACCAAGCACAAUUUCAAAGUUGGGCACUAGAUGCAGCCAGUUGCUAUGAUUAUACAGUGGAAUUUACUGGCUUGGGAGCCCCACCACCUGGAACUGAGGAUGUUGGAUUUUGUACUCAAAUUGCUGUAUUUAGGAGAAAAUAUCCAAAUACUGGUGAAACUAUUAAUUUGGAGAAAUCCACAGAAAACCCUUAUAGAACUAUUUUCAAAGCAGUGUAUCCAAGUCUUAAAGAUGAGAAGUACCUGCAGAAUGUAGUAGUCAGUGAAGUUAUUAAUACAGCACAGAUUAUUACAAGACGACUCUUGGACAGUUUCAAGUCUGAAUAUAAGGAGCAUAGAAACGGUCCUGUCGAGAUGAAACCCGACUUCCAACUACCUCACUGUUUCAUGAGGCAUUCAAGGAAUCCCUCUCUAGCUGAAGCUGAAAAACUUGCUGAUGACAGAAACAUGGAGACAUACGUCAGUGGAAAUGCAGUCUACAUACCUCUCAUAAAAUUCUUUUCUAUCCCCAAAGUGAAUAAACUUUGUGGCACCUUUGAGAACUUAAGCAAGCUGAUUACUGGCAAAGUAGCACUAAGCAACGAUGGUUCUGCUGUGGUGAUCAGUAUUGAACAUGAAGAGAGAGAAAAUGAGUAAAUGGUUUAUGUUUCCACUAAGUAAGGUAAUGAAGGACCCCUCUUCAGUAGACAUGUGCUGAUAUCUUCUAUAUGGUAGCUAGAAGCAUAGGGUGAACUUAACUUUUUUUAUUUCAAGAGGGGGCAGGAGUCUAUAUUCUCUCAUAGCCCCCACUGGUUUCUAGGCUUUUAGCUGGAAGUCACCUCUAAGGAUUUGAGGACAGAUUUUAAAAGUUAACCAACUACCAUUGAAAUUCAGUAGUUUUAUUUAACAUUUUCUUCUGUUCCUCUUAUUAAUCUCUCAGAUAUCAUAAUUAUUUUCUUCAGAUAUGCUGAAUAUUCACGACUUUCACCAGCUGAAUAGAAGUUUUGAUACCAGUCAUGUGAAUAAUGACACAGUGGUAGAGUGCUGCUGCUUCAUAGAAUGAUUUCAGUGCUGAACCUGGAAAUCAAAAUGUUGUUGUACAUGAAGCAUAAAAUGAAGCAAUAAGAUGUUAGUUUCUGUGAUAAUACCUACAGUGCUUUUUGUUUGUAAGGAUGUUCCUUGGGGGGUUUUUUGGUUUUGUUGAAAGGGUGAAAAGGAGAGGGAUAUGGAAAUCCAGAAAGUCAGGGGUGGAUCUGGUGAGUUCUCUGGCAGACAUGGCAGCACUUGCAGUUCCCUGUGGCCUAUGAGACACCUAGGUCCCCUGCAUACUCCAGACAGCAGAGACUGAGCUCAGACUAUGGGGAUGAUGGGCCUGAGGCUGGAGCUCCCCAGGUUGGCAGGGGUCAUCUGGCGGGGCUGGACAGGGAGCGGAUGUAGGAAGGGAAGGUUAGCUUGCCGCUACCACAGUUCCUGACCAAGCUCAGUAACCCACACAACCACUCCCUGUAGCCCCUGGCUAGAGUGGGGCAGGAGUGGCCCUACCACCCCUGGGCUCUCACCACCUCUGGUCAGCUAGGGACAGUGAAGGCAGCAGGUGGGUCCCCCCUUCCUGUACCUGCUCUCUGCUCAGCCCCACCAAGGUAUCUCCAGCUGGCUUGGGUGCUCCAGCUGUGUCAUCACUCUUGUGGUCUGAGCUCAGUUCCUCCUGCCCAGACCCACAGGGACCCAGGCAUUGGGGGCCAUGGGGAACUAGAACUCCAGCCUGAGGAUCAUGGGUGGAGCAGCUCAAGCUGGUGGCAGCUAUAGUGUAAAACAAAGUGGUGGUGGUGGGGCGCUGGGAGUCAGGGGAUCUGUAGCAAUCCUUGACACACCCUUUUCAAAAUCUUAGAUUUGUCUGUGGAAAGCAUAUAUUACAGAUUGCUGUUCAGCAUACCUGGAAGAGAAAGCAGCAGAUAUAAAGCCUUGGUUAGUGGUAUCCAAAAAAAGGAGACAAAAGUUUGCACUAAAAACAUAAAAACAGUCCUCUGGCAGAGGAAAAGGAAGGCUAGCCAUUGUACCUUUUAUUUGUAUUAUACAUAUGUAAGUAUUAUAUGUAUGUAUAGUUUUAUUUCUUGCACCUUUUUUUCCCUUUUGGUCCUCUUAUGUUAAAAGCACUGAUCAUAACUGGAUGGAAAUAUACUUAAUUGACCCAUUUCUUGUGUACGUUCACUGGAAUCACUGGCAGCUUUGGGUGUGCAAACAUUGCACAGUCAGUCUUAAUGUUUGUAAGAUGCAUAGGACAUAAAAAGCAGAGCUUCCAUAUAGUACCAACUGUUGUUUGUUAAAAAGGUCCUUGGCCAUUCCUGAACUCAGAAGCUGUUUAGGUUGAAACCAGGCAGAAGAGACAGCUGUAAUUUACAGAGACAGGGAAGAGUUUAUAAUUUGCGACAGGCUCAGUUUCUGCAAAAAAGGAGGACACUUUACAGGACCCACAUGGUUUGGCUGUUAUAUUUUUCAUAAUUGUACUGUCUGCAGGGAAAUCUCUUUGUUAAACAGCUAUGUUUACUUAAAGUUAACCUUUAAUAAAAAAAAUAUUUAGAA